AGCCCGGACUAUUAGGCGCUCGCCUGCGAUCCGUUAUGUGGCGGCAUCAUAUGGGCAGCGCUGCAGGGACAGCCUAGAAAUGUGCAGGACUGCACCCCUGGCGCACUGUGGGAGCAAGACAUAAGCAAGGGACUUCUUCUGCACAACUUUUCCUCAGCAGUUUGGGAGUUGGGGUUGAGGGUGCUGCAAAGGGCACCCCGAGUUCCUAAGCAGCAGCACCUAUGGCACGUGCGGGGCUCCUGGCUCUGCGCUCUCAGCUCUGGAGCUUGGACUCAUUGUGACAUCACUACAUGCCAGUCAGGAUGGAGGGCACUCGGGCGCCUCGCUGCCAGCUGCUGCUGCUCUUUCUCUGCCUUCUGCCGUGGAACCUGGGCUGCCCGGUACUGAUCCACAGCUGCAAGUGUGUAGGGGAGAGGUCCAAACCCAGUCUGAGUCCGGCCAAUGGCCCCAGGAAGAAAGUGGUUUGUACCAACGAGGAUCUGUCAGAAGUGCCCGACCCUGCCCUGCUGCCCGACAAAACUGUCACCCUAAUUCUGAGCAACAACAAGAUCAGCACAAUACAAAGCAACUCCUUUUAUGGGCUUAAUAUCCUGGAGAAACUGGACCUGAAGAAUAACCUGAUCAGUAGGCUGGAACCUGGCGCUUUCCUGGGGCUCUCGGAGUUAAAGCGGCUAGACUUAUCCAACAACAGAAUUGGUUGUGUAACAGCCACUGCUUUUCAGGGCCUGAGCAGCCUAAAUCGCCUGUCACUUUCAGAAAAUAUCUUCUCAACUUUGAAUUCUGGGGUGUUUGAUGAAGUGCCUUCUUUGAAAGUUGUGGACUUCUCCACUGAACAUCUCACCUGUGACUGCCACCUGCAAUGGAUUGCAUCAUGGGCCAAGAAUGGCACUGCUCAAAUUUCAGACAGGACUGUGUGUGCUUAUCCAAGUGCCCUUAAAAAUCGACCACUAAGGAAUCUAAGAGAAAACCAGCUGACUUGCGAAGGGACGCCUGAGCUUCACACCCACCAGCUUAUCCCGUCCUUACGGCAAGUCGUGUUCCAAGGGGAUCGUUUGCCCAUCCAGUGCACUGCGAGUUAUUUGGGCAACAGAAGCCAAAUCAUCUGGUACCACAAUGGGAAACAGGUGGAAGAGGACAAGGAGAUGGGCAUCAUAUUUGAGGAGACCAUUAUUCAUGACUGUACUUUUAUGACCAGCGAGCUGCUACUCUCCAACAUAUUGCUGUCAGCCAAUGGAGAAUGGGAAUGCAUGGUAUCAACUGAGCAGGGGAAUAUCAGCAAGAAGGUGGAGCUGGUGGUUCUGGAGACCUCUGCAUCAUACUGCCCAGCUGAGAGGGUGUCCAACAACAGAGGAGACUUCAGGUGGCCCCGCACACUGGCUGGUAUCACUUCCUACCAGGCCUGCUUUCAGUCUCCCUUCACCUCCACCUUACUGAAUGGAACAGGCCAAGAGAUAAAAGCUUCCCGUAGAUGUGACCGCUCAGGGCGCUGGGAGGAGGGAGAUUACUCCAAUUGUCUGUAUACAAACGGCAUAACCAGAGUGCUUCACACAUUUGUGCUGAUGCCAGUCAAUGCUUCCAAUGUGCUGACCUUGGCUCACCAGUUGCGGAUGUACACAGCCGAAGCAGCCAACUUUUCUGACAUGAUGGAUGUUAUUUAUGUGGCUCAGAUGAUGGAGAAGUUUGUUGGGUUGGUGGACCAUGUUAGACAGCUGGCGGAUGUGAUGUUGGAGAUGGCCAGCAAUAUGAUGCAGGUAGAUGACCACAUCUUGUGGUUGGCCCAGGUUGAAGACAAGGCAUGCAGCAGCAUUGUCCAGACUGUGGAGAAGAUUGCUGGCAUGACUCUUAGUAGUAACUCCCAGGACCUAUCUGUGAUCACUCGUAACAUAGCUUUGGAAGCAUUCCUCAUCAAACCUGAAAGCUUCAUUGGCCUCGGCUGCACUGCAUUUCAGAGAAGAGAUGGGCAUCGGGGGGGCCACCGACGUGACAAGGACAGGAAGGAGCAGGAAAUAGAAUCACAUGCUGACCUGAGGCUUAAGUUUCGCUGCACGACUGGGCACAUCAAUGUUUCUCUGCACCAUUUCCAUGUUAAGAAUAACCAUGCCUUAGCUGCUGUACAUCUCCCUCCAAGCCUCUUCGCCUCCACCUCCUCUUCCACUUGCAAGCUACAGGUUCUGGCUUUUAGGAAUGGAAAGCUAUUCAGAAGUGUUGGAAACUCAUCUCGGCUCGCUGAAGAUGGAAAGAGGAGGAGUAUUUCCACUCCAGUUAUAUUUGUAGGAACAAGAGGUUGUGGCAACACCAAUUUCACCGAUCCAGUAACAGUCACUCUCCGGCACCUGGUGAUGGGAUCCAACCCGCUUCCUGCCCGAUGGAAUUUUAAAGCCUUGGAAGGAUAUGGAGGAUGGAGCUCUGAAGGAUGCCACCUUCUUUCUGAGCAACCCAACAUAACUAUCAUGCAGUGCCAUCAGCUGAGCAACUUUGCCAUCCUCACUGAGCUGAACACAUUCCCCCAGGAGGCUCGAAAUGGCACUGCAAUUCUUCAUCCAGUCAUCUACUCAUGCACAGCAAUUCUUCUCCUGUGCCUCUUCACUACAAUCAUAACCUACAUUGUAAACCACAGCUCCAUCCAGAUCUCCAGGAAGAGCUGGCACAUGCAACUCAACCUCUGCUUCCACAUAGCAAUGACAUCCGCAGUGUUUGCAGGAGGGAUCACUGUAACUGGAUACAUCAUUGUGUGCCAGACUGUCAGCAUCAUUCUGCAUUAUUCUUCCUUAUCAACGCUGCUGUGGAUGGGUCUAAAGUCCAGAGUAAUCUACAAAGAACUAACUCACAAACCUCAGCCACAGCAAGAAGGAGAGGGCAGCCAGCCUCCACAGAGGCCAAUGCUUAGGUUCUAUUUAAUUGCUGGAGGAAUCCCAUUGAUCAUUUGUGGGAUCACUGCUGCAGUCAACAUAAACAACUACAGGGAUAACAGCCCUUAUUGCUGUUUAGUGUGGAGGCCAAGCCUUGGUGCAUUUUAUGUCCCGGCAGGAUUAAUUCUUCUCGUCACCUGGAUUUACCUGUUGUGCGCUGGAAUAAACUUAAGACGUCAGCCAGCUGAACAAAAAGAUGUGCCAGAGACAAAUGACCCUCAGCAGCAAAGUGGGGGCAUCAGCCAUCUACUGAGUGAUUCAAGUUCAAUAUCAGUCAAUAUUAAUUCAGCAGCUCCUGUGGCAGAGGUGGACAAUGUGUAUUGUUUGGAGGUACAGUUCUGGGCCCUAUUGAUCGUCCAUAUUCUCUACAUCGCACUUUGGGUGUUUGGAGCUUUUGCUGUGUCACAGGGCUGGUACCUCAAUGUCAUUUUCAGUUGUCUUUAUGGGGUGACAGCGGUGGCUCUUGGACUUUUCAUCUUUAUUCAUCACUGUAUACGACGGCGGGAUGUUCAGCAGUCUUGGUUCUCUUGUUGCCCGUCGUACACAGAGGCUUUGCCUAUUGAAGCGUAUGUAAAAACUGGAUCCCCUGUGGAUGACCCACCUCCUGUGUACAAUGGAUGUAAUCCAGAGGUGGAAAAUUCCAUCAAGUCUUCAUCCUCCCCAAGCAACAGCAAUAACUCUAAUACCGGGCCAUGUAAGAUCACAAACCUGCAGGUAGCCCAAAACCAAGCUGAGAGCUGCCCACCAAAACAAGCCAGCUGUGAAGAGAGUGAACCUGCCAACAACAAAAACAUGCCAGUUCCAAGUAGGUACAUGAACAACCUUCAUACUCGCCGCAACCAUAAAAGUAGAAGUAAGCAGUAUCGUGAUGGGAAGCACCAUAGAUUAAAGAUGCUUCGUGGACCCUCGUCUGAUCAGCAUUCCAGCGAGAGUGGGAGUAUUCACAACAGUCACUCUGAAAGCUACCACAGCAAAAACAGCCCAUUAAAUAAUGGCAGACUUGGGGGGACAGAUCAGGAACCAGAAGGGGCAAUAACACACUCCGAAGGGAGUGACAGCAGUGGGCAUCAUGCCAAGGCACAAAGGAAAAGUGCAAGUCGGGAUAACCUGAAACAGGCUAACAGCAUGGAACGGGAGUCCAAACGGCGAUCUUACCCACUCAACACCACUAACCAGAAUGGUGUUCUAAAGGGUAGCAAACAUGACAUUAACUUUACAACAGCGGAAAACACCACAGCCAUGAAAACUGGCCUUUGGAAGAGUGAAACUACAGUGUAGCCUUAGGUGCAGAGAUGUGCCUUAAACAUGAUAUAAAGAAGUGUCUUGACUCCACACAAACGCAUUCCAGGAACUGGGCUCUCCCGCGGCUCAGCUGACUGCAGAUUGCUUGGUGGAGAUGACUGGACUUCUGAUGGAAACACGAGCUGUGCCCAGGUGCCUGUGUUUGGAUAAAGGCAUGCACAGCAAUAGCAUAUGUACAAGUAUACAUACAUGCUUGGGAGCACUGCCCCCUAUAGGAAUACAGUUUAUAGAGGAAUGUCAUUCAAUCAUCACACGUGAAAUCCUUUGUUUUUCUUUUUCAAAGAUGGAUCUGUUACAUCUCUGGUAUAUAAUGAUCACAAACAAAAUACCUCAUUCCAAUCAACUCACUUAUCCUGUGUCUUGCACUCACUGUCAUAUUGAUUCCAUGGUCGUAUGGAGAUGUAUGGUUAAUGAUUUGCGUAUAAGUUAUGGAGGUCCAUUUCAACAGAAUACAUGUUUCUACCCUAAACUAAGAAGGCAAUGGUGGGUCAUUUUCUCAAACCGUUAUUAAACCUGCCUUAUUAGAAACGUUUCUGGUUUAUAUUCCUACUGUGCACUUUCAAAGGAAUAACCUUGAGGGGAACUCUAGGAUGCUCUGAAUAUCCCUGUCUGAGUUAACUCUUGCACCUUUACCCACAAUUCUUUAUACAGUUUCUGAAAUCUAAUUUCAAAAUUCAUCAACUUGCCAAAUAGUUUAACAAACACUGGGUUCAGGCGUAGCUACGAGAAAAUGGACUGCUUCGGUGUCAUUAAAAAGAAACAAAAGUACAGGUAGGACUGUUAAAAGCAGACCUGUUUGCCCAUAGAUAAUCCUGUUUCUAAAACAAUGGGCAAGUAAAUCCACGAAGGACAAUCAAUUUAAACAUUCAAAUAUUUGUAAAUCAUUUUUGCAUGUUAUGUUUUUUUGUUAUAUAAAGCAGAGGAGAAUGUUUAUUUUUCAAAUAUAGAACUAUAUUGUGUAUAAUAUAUAUAUAUAUAUAUAUAUAUAUAUACACACACAAGAUCCAUUUUUUCCCAGAACUCUAUAUUUCCAUAUCAUUAUAAAAUUUUAGCAUUUUUCCACUCUCAAAAACGGUCAGGUUAAAUAUAUAAAAACGAUAUGCUAUGGUCUGUUUCCUCUAGAAUUGCCAAGGGAUAUGUAAACUGUUAUUUCAGCCCAUGUAAAAGUGCCUUCAAAAAUCUAUGGUAAACCAAAGAACUAGAGUUACAGAAUUAUGGAAGUUGCGACACUCAAUUUUCGCUUUCCCUCUUCAUUAGUGUUCCGCUGUUUGUGUCGUAUCCAUGGAUUGCAAAAUUGAUCUCCGAGCUUCUAGUGGUCAAAGUGAAAUCAUCCAGAGCUGAUAUAAAACAGCACUUUUCAUCAUGUAGCAACUGUAGCAAAGGCUUGUACAAAUAUGGCUUCCGUCAAGUUUUCUGCACUAUAUCCAGAGAAGCAUACAAUUAAUUCUGGUCAAUGUUCUCAAGACCUUGUAUAGAUAAGCAUUUCCUUUAAGUGGGAAUAAUCCAUUUUGUCUAAUGAUAUUUCUGUUGCAGGGCUUCCCUAGAAAGUAGAUUCUAAAGCUGACCAUAGACAUUCAGGAUUCGGCCAUUUUCAGCAGGAUUCGACCGAAUCCUUGUGCCUGGACGAACCGAAUCCUUUAAAGCAUGUGACUUUUUGUCACAAAACAAGGAAGUAAAAAAAUGUUCUCUUUCUUUUUCCCUUCCCCUCGCUGAUUUGCCUAUGCAAAUUAUAGUUUGGUAUUCGGCGGGAAUCUUUCACAAAGGAUUCGGGGGGAAUCCAAAAUAUCGGAUUUGGUGCAUUCCUAGUUCAGAUGUUAUUCUUUGUGCAGGGAACAUCGUAUACGGAAUGUUCAUUUGUUUCAAUAAUCUAAAACUAACCAUUCAGAUUUAAAUUGUAAGAUUAAGUCGGAAAGAUAACAAACCAGACGAUGUUGUGGCCAUCCAUUGACGAACCAUAUUCGUACGACAGUUAUGCCCCAGAAAUAGUAGCGACAUCCAUGGUUAUUGUCAGAUGGGCAAAGAUUUGAACGUUGUCAUAUAGAAAUUUUCUAACUUGUCCAGUUAAUUAAACGGCUGAUCUCUACAGUACGGAAAUUGUCAGGACAAUUAUUUGGAGCCCACACAUGGUCCGACAAUCAUACAUUUUGUACAAUAUCUGCAAGCUCUAUGGCCAUCUUAAAGGUGUCCAUACAUGCUACAAUUCUGAUCUUUCCCAUUCUACUAAAGUUGCAGAUAUGCAGGUAGAAACUAAAAGAAUUCUUUAGCUAUAUUUGGCGAAUCAGCAUUAUCGUUAUAAUGUUCGGGAGCCUUCAAAGGUGUCCAAUCGAAAUUUUCAGUCCUGCCCGAUCGACGAGGCGACCAAUAACAAAGGCUUUUUACUGAUAUCUGUCCCCUUGUCUACCUCCGCACACCCAACAAUUAAUGUACUAAGAUCUUUCGUAUGAUACUAUUGGUGCAUCAAUGGCAACCUUUACUGUUCUCACCGAUUCUGCAUUGUCCUAGAGAGCCAGUUUGUUUCUAGGAUGCAUAAGCCUUCCUAUCACUUUCCAGAUCCCCCCUUUCCAUAUAUUAGUAAUGUUGGAUAAUCUCACAAUACUACAGAUAAGAGUUAGGGAAAAAAAAAUAAAAUAAUAGAUAUCACCCCGCAUUUCGCUCAUAGAAUGAGCAGAAAGAGAACAUAAAACUGUGUUUAGCUUUGAGGCCAAAUUGUAACUGUAUAUUAUGUAUAUAUGCAAGUACUGAGGUUACUGUCAAGUUUUUGGCAGCACCUGGAGGUUGGAGGAACGUUCCUUCAUACUUUGUGUUACUAUUAUACAAGUCCAUACAAUGAUCCUUAAAAGUGAUGAAAAUGUAAGUAUGUAUUAAGUGAAAGCUUUCCAGACUAGACAGGGCACUAGUUCAUCAUAUGUCAGAAAACAGGAAAAAUAAAAGUUUUCCACCAAUAAAGCUUUACCAAAAUUAAAUACCACAUACCAAAGAAUUGAUGUCCAAAGCAAAUUGUGUAAUCUUUGAAUGCCCCAGAAGACAUGUUUAAAACAAACUAUAUAUUAAAGAAUUUACAAAGGAA